AUGAUUCAAGAUAAAGAGUCUCUCAUGGAGCCUCAUUGGCUCAGUUUUCAACCCCCACAAAGCACUGAGAUGAUCUACAAACAAAAGGUUGUUCCUCGUCAUCGAGUGUUAUCUGCAUUGCUAAUUGGUCUGGGAAUUUCAGUAACACUAGUGCUUUUACUGGUUUUGUCCUAUUAUAUGCAUGUACACUCAGGUGAUCAUGUACAUAGUAACAUGCACGAUUCAGUGAAUCCAAUUUGUCUACUACCAAGAGUAACUGGUAAGUGUCGUGCAAGUUUCCAACGUUGGGGUUGGAAUCCACAGACCACAACCUGUGAAAAGUUUAUUUACGGUGGCUGUGAUGCAAAUGAGAAUAAUUUUUUAACCAAAGAAGAUUGUGAGGCGACGUGUAAGAUAAAAAUUCACAUAUGA